UCGAUGUUAGAAUUUAAAUUCUUAAUUCAGGAAUAAGUUUAAAUGCAUAUGUUUUGUUAUGACCACUUAAAUUAUGUUGGCAUCUAAAAUGGCAAGAGACGGUGACUUGCCUACUAUUUUUAAUCCAAAGCGUGUCAGAGCGCCUUCUGUGAUAAUAACAAGUGAAGAGGUGGUUGAAAGCGAGCGCACUGGUGGUGAUGUUGAGAGAGAACGUCCAAACGGUCCCCCAACGCCGCUGAGUCCUCGGGCGCCUCUUACACCGCAGUCGUCAGUGUGUUCAGCGCCUCCGUUGACUACCCAACCGUCAUUGCAGCAAGCUUUCAGCGAAUCGGCAGCUAGCAGCCAGGAUGAAGAGAGGCAGUUACGGGAUAAGAAAUGCCCUAGGUCCUGUUGCUCAAGAUUUGCUAAGAAGAUCUACUAUGGCAUAUGCAUGACUAUUAUUCUUACUGCAUCUUGGGUCACCGCUACACAUUGUAUCAAGCAUAUGUAUGUUCAGAAUUAUCCAUUGAAUGGCUAUGGAUACAUCUACAGUACUGAAUCAACUUCUGCUGUCUACAAUAAUAUAACAUCAAAAGUUCAUACACAUAAUCUCUACAACGCACCUUUCUUCACGGCUUGGUUCUGUACCAACUGGUUAAUAUUUUUUUAUCCAUUGUAUGUGAUAGUUAUGUUAAUACAUAAUAAAUGCAAGUCACCAAAUGAUAUUGUUUUUGAUGCCUUCAGUGAUUUUAGAGAAAAGGGGUUUACUUUUGCACGGUUUAUUAGUCGCUGUGGAUUGUUUUGCCUUCUCUGGGUGGUUACCAUCUACAUGUACACAUAUUCACUGAAGAUACUCCUGUCCACCGAUGUGGUGACACUGUUUGCCACCAAUGUGUACUGUGUCUAUCUGCUCUCUUGGGUUAUACUGCAUGAGCAGUUCGUUGGUGUAAGGAUCGUGGCAGCGAUAUUAUGUGACACCGGUAUAGCAUUGCUUGCGUAUAUGGACGGUAUCACUGGCAGCUCCACUCUCGGCGGUGUUGUGCUUGCUGCGUGCGCCGCUGCGGGAUAUGCUAUCUUCAGGGUGCUGUUCAGAAAAGUGAUGGGAGAAAUGAACUCUGGCCAGCGGGCCUUGUUUUUCUCGAUUCUGGGCGUUGUAAGUGCGUCGUUGCUGUGGCCGGUGUGCCUGGCCCUCUACCUCACCGGCACAGAGAUGUUGCCAUCCCACCGGAUGCCUUGGGUGCACCUGCUUGUUGCCAGCGUCUCACUUCUAGUGUUCCAUCUUGUAUGCCAGUUCGGCAAUGUGGUGACAUACAAUAUAUUCAUCUCACUCGCCUUGAUUACUGCAGUACCAGUUUCAGCAGCUUUAGACGUAGUGCUGUAUGACGCGAAGUUUGAAGGUAUGAAGUUGGCCGGCGUUAUUUUGAUCACCAUAGGCUUUUUCCUGGUGAUGUUUCCUGAUAACUGGCCUGAUUAUAUCAUGAGGCUUUUAAGAUGGAGUCGCCGCCGUCAGCGUGGUAACGACGGUUCAGGGCGUAACCGCGAUGCAAUGGAUUACCGUACGGGUUACAUACGCUCGCAUCUACGGUCGCCGUCGGGCCGUGUCAGGUGACCGCCAGGCGAGCCCGAAGACAUCGAAGUACGCACCAUAGAGUCACAUCGGUUGUCUGUCCGCGGCGAUAUGCGUAAGUUAUCCGCAGACUAGCACAGAUUAUAAACGUGAAUUUCAAGCAAUUGUUAAUAAUACAAGGGAAUUGCAAUACUCGAGUUAUGCGUAGCAUUUCGUCUAAUUUGCUUUAC